ACAGCACUGAGUUAUUUUUGCCAAAAGUAAAGAUGUGCUUGUCAUGUUCCUAUGGUGCUAGAAGACAAAUUGAAGGGAGCGGAAUAAAAGAGCAAAUGUGUUUUUUACGUUUUUAUGUACUAUGAUGUAUCAAGAUGGAAGACGUGCACAGUCAGCAGUAAGAGGUUCGCAAGAGUGGAGCAGAUGUUUUGAUUUUGCAUGUUUAGAAAAAAAGAGCCAAAAUGAAGACAGCUGCCAAGGGUUCCGGGAAGUCUGCAAUGGAUCCUUUGCAGUGUGACAGCUGUUGGAUGAGGAGAAUGAUGCUGAUGUUGUACGUAGUCCUGCAGCUCAUUUCAGUCCUUUCGCCGGUGGUUCAAGGCACCCUGGAUCUACAACUGGAUGAGGAGCAACCAGCGGGAACCAUCGUUGGCGACAUAAGUGCGGGGCUACCACCUGGCAUCACAGCGGCACUGUACUUCAUUUCUGACCACGAAGGCACUGGUGUGAGCACUGAUUUGGACAUUGAUGAGAGCACAGGAAUCAUCAAGACAGCCAAGGUAUUGGACCGAGAACUGAGGGACAGAUAUAAUUUCAUCGCAGUCACCAUGACAGGUGUAACAGUGGAGGUAACCAUCAAGGUCAAUGAUAUAAAUGACCAUGGGCCCACGUUUCCGAAAAAACAUGCCACUUUCAUAAUCCCGGAGCAGACUGCUAUAGGCACUAGGUUUCCUCUUGACCCGGCAAUGGAUGCGGACGGAGGUCAUUUCACCACCCAGGGUUACCUCAUUAGGGAUGGAAACAUUGGUCAGGCUUUCACCUUGGAGACCAGGAGGGGAAGCAAUGAAGUCUUGUAUCUGGACUUGGUGGUCAAUGCCAUACUGGACAGGGAGAAAAGAUCAUCUUACUCUUUGUCCUUAGAGGGCUUUGAUGGAGGUUCUCCUCAAAGAACUGAUCAAAUGACCUUAGAUAUCACCGUCCAAGAUAUCAACGACAAUGCUCCUCUGUUUAAUCAGAGCCGCUACCAUGCUAUCAUAUCCGAGAACCUGCAACCGGGAAACAACAUCUUGCAGGUGUUUGCCACAGAUGCAGACGAAGGAGACAAUGGCAUGGUGACAUAUGAGAUCAACAGGCGACAAAGUGACCCGGAUCAUUACUUUGUCAUCGAACCGCACACGGGCAUCAUUACUCUCAACAAGCCGCUGGACUUUGAGAUGCGGCGAGUCCACGAACUGGUGGUGCAAGCCCAAGACAAUGCCACACACCCAGAGGUGACCAAUGCCUUUGUCACCAUCCACGUCAGAGACUACAAUGACAACCAGCCCACCAUGACAAUCAUCUUUCUAAGUGAAGAUGGCUCUCCUCAAAUCUCAGAGGGCGCACAGCCGGGACAGUACGUGGCUCGGAUAUCUGUCACAGACCCAGACUACGGCGAGUACGCCAACGUCAACGUGUCGCUGGAGGGCGGAGAUGGCAAAUUCGGUCUGACAACCAAAGACAAUAUCAUCUAUCUGGUCUGUGUGGAUCAGAUUCUUGAUCGGGAAGAGAGAGACAUUUAUGAGUUGAGGGUAAUGGCGACAGACUCAGGCACGCCUCCUCUCCGGGCCGAAUCCUCGUUCACCAUUGAGGUGACCGACAUUAACGACAACCCGCCGCUGUUUGACCAAACGGUGUACCGGCAGGUCAUUCCGGAAGUGGUGUUUCCCGGGAGUUUUGUGUUACAGGUCACUGCCCGAGACAAAGACCAAGGGCCCAAUGGCGACAUUAGCUACAGCAUCCUUCGGGAUAAAGGAGCUUUUGCUGAUUGGUUCAGCAUAGAUGCCAUUACAGGGAUUAUCACCACUCUGUCCCAGCUGGAUUAUGAAAAGAACCCCAAUCCCAGUAUAACUGUAAUGGCCACAGAUGGAGGGAGACCGCCGCUGUCAUCAACCGCGGUGGUCAACAUUGUACUUCAGGAUAUUAACGACAAUGAGCCUGUCUUCGAGACCAACUUCUACAAUGUCUCCAUCAAUGAGGACACGGCUCCGGGGACGUGCAUCCUGGAGGUGAUGGCAACAGAUGCGGACGGCGGCUCUUUUGGCUCCAUCACGUACUCGCUGAGCUCGGGGCUGAACAGUGCCACCACCUCUCUCUUCACCAUUGACAAAGAGACCGGCGUCAUCUGCACCCGGACCGCACUGGACCGUGAUCAAGGCCAGAGCAGCUACGACUUCACUGUUACUGCGGUGGAUGGGGGGGGACUGAGUACGCUCGCCUACGUGAAGGUGGAUCUGGUGGACGUGAAUGAUAACAGACCCGCCUUUUAUCCGGUGAGCUACGCUGUCAGUCUUAGCUCGCAGAGCGCUCCUGGGACCUCUGUGGUCCGAGUGAUCGCCUACGACCCAGAUUCGGGAGAGAAUGGCCGAAUUACGUACAAAACGGUAUCCGGAGGGUCUUCCCCUUACUUCACCCUAAACAAAGACACAGGUGUGAUCUCUCUUUCUCGGUCUGUCCACGGCAAGGCCAACUCCAUCAUACCAAUGGUGAUCUCAGCCCAGGACAGCGGAGGUCUGGCCACCCUGGUGAACGCCAGGGUCAACAUCAGCGUGGUAGCGGGUACAGUGGCACCUCCUGUGUUUGAACAGGCUCAGUACUACUUCACAGUUUCCGAGGAUGUUUUGCAGGGAACUGUCGUGGGGACUGUCCUGGCCAAGAGUAAGACAGGCCCCCUCAGAGAUAUGGCCUACACCAUCAGCUCUGGGGACCCCACAGGAUACUUUACAGUGGAUCCAGAAACUGGGGCCCUGCGGACCAGUCUUUCCCUAGAUCACGAAUCCCAGCCUACGCUUGACUUGGAAGUGCAGGCCCGGACUGGGAACCCGCCCGCUUUUGGCCAGACCCGGGUUCACAUCACCGUCGAGGAUGUCAACGAUAACCCUCCUGUGUUUUUUCCCUCGUCCUCCGAGUCCUUGUUGCUGCCUGAGCAAACAGAAAUUGGGACUUUGGUAUAUCGCGUACAGGCUGAGGACAGAGAUUCUGGAGAAAACGGCCAGCUGUCCUUUGAUGUGUCAUCUCCAAGUGGCAUCCAGAGAGCUUUUAGCAUUGAACGCAGCAGCGGGGAUCUACGACUGGUGGGGGUCCUCAACUAUGAGCGUGUCCCCCGCUAUGAUCUCCAAGUGAUUGCCAAAGAUAGUGGAGUGCCUCAGCUCAGUGCGACCUUUAUGCUUGUGGUCCAUGUCCAAGCAGAGAAUGACCAGGGACCAGUGUUUGAUACUCUCACCUACAGAGUGGAACUAAAAGAAGGCACUCCAAUUAAUACGCGCUUCCUACGGGUCCGAGCCCUCAAUAGAGAAACAUCAGGCUCCGGUUACUUCAGCCCUCUUUCAUAUCACCUGCGACCAGAUGGCGAUGCUGCCGGCUUCGGGAUUGCUUCGGACAGCGGCUGGCUCUUCGUGAAGAGCGCCCUCGACCGAGAAGUGAAGGACAUGUAUCUCCUGACCGUGGUGGCCAGUGCAGGUCACGGACAUCUGAAAAAGACCGGCAGUGCCACCGUGAGGAUAUCUGUGACAGAUGAGAACGACAACCCACCUCGGCUUACCCAACCCAGAGUCUUCAUGGCUGUGAGGGAAAACUUGCCGGCGGGGACGGGCUUCGGUCACGUGUUGGCCAGCGAUCGUGACAGCGGCUCCAACGGACGCCUUAGCUACCGUCUGGUUUACCCUGACCGUAACUUCCAGAUCAAUUCGCAAACAGGUGAAAUGAGCACAAAGGCCACUUUGGACAGGGAGCAGCAGUCCAGCUACCAGCUGGCGGUGGUCGUGCAAGACGGAGGCUCACCUUCGCGCAGCGCCACCGGAACCGUCUUCAUAAGUGUGCUGGACGACAACGACAACACUCCAGCAUUUGUCCACAGCCACCCGGGAAAAAAACUCAUCUUAAAGGUGUCGGAGGGUCACUCCUCUGGGGUUCUACUGGGCACAGUACAAGCCAAAGACCCUGACGAAGGAGAGAAUGGUACCAUACACUACUCUUUGUCAGGUCCAAGGGCAGAGCGCUUCUUCCUGAACCCCAACACGGGCGAGCUGCACUCGUCAUCGCCCCUUAGCCACUCAGAGCGUCCCGAAUACGAGUUGACGGUUACGGCAAGCGACCGAGGACUGCCGCCUCGCAGCGCCUCCUGCGCCAUCGCCAUUCAGGUUCUCAGCAUGAGCAGACCCUCUUCAAAGACCAAUUCUUAUUCUCUAGCUUUCAACUCUGUGGAAGAGGCCAAGCCGGGUUCAGUCGUCGGUUCCGUCCGGCUUCACGAAAGAGAAACUCCGGCAGAGGGCGAAGUUACCUACAUGGUGGUGGGGGGUACCGACAGGGACGGGACCUUCGUGGUGGAUCGCUUGACCGGAGACGUCUAUCUCGCACGGCCUCUCGAUUAUGAGCAGGAUGCGCACUACACGCUGAAGAUCGAGGUUGAUGACUUCUCCCAGGCCCCGCCCAUCAGCACCCUGGUCCACCUUGACAUUAACGUAAAGGACAGCAAUGACCACGCCCCUCAGUUCCCCGAGGACCCUGUCACGAUCGUCAUCUCAGAAAACGUCCAGCCGGGUACUUCUGUCUUCACGUUCCAGGCCACAGACAAGGAUGGAAGUGGGCCCAAUAGUGACCUGAGGUACUCCAUCCUCCAACAUUUUCCAGAAACACCCGGUCUGUUCAACCUGGACGCUUCCACUGGCGUUUUAACCUUAAACCAAGAGCUGGACCACGAGGUCAACCCCAGUCUGGUCUUGGUGGUUAAAGCAACGGACUCCGCCUUGGAUGCCGGUGAGAGGCAGUGGAGCUCGGUCACUGCGAGGAUUUACGUCACAGAUGAGAACGACAACACACCGGUGUUCAGCUCGCCGACGGCGGUGAGCGUGAUGGAGGACCAGCCCAUCGGCUUCGUGGCGCUCUACGUCAUGGCCAGGGAUGCGGACAAAGGGGAGAACGGCAGGGUGACCUACCGAGUCCAAUCGGGCAACGCGGGUGGAACCUUCAGCCUCAACCCCAACACAGGUUCUUUAUCUAUAUUCAAACCUCUGGACCGCGAGGAACAGGAAGUCUUCAACCUGACCAUCGUGGCCGAGGACCAAGGCGCCCCCCGCCGCUCCUCCAGCCAGCUGCUGCGCGUCUACGUGGUCGACGUCAACGACGAAGUGCCACGGUUCGAAGAGAGCAACUACGAAGGCCAGAUCGCAGAGAACCAACCGCGAGGGACCGCCGUGUUGACGGUGUCAGCCUUUGACUUGGACCAAGGAUCCAACGGCAAAGUGACAUAUGGUGGCAUCUCCGUUGAGGGUUUUACCAUCAACCCCGUGACAGGCGUCAUCACCACCACUCAGCCACUGGACAGGGAGCUGCGGGAGUUCUACACUGUCACAGUUUAUGCAAAAGACGGAGGCCUUCCCCCGAACUACGCCAAAGCCAGUGUGAGGAUCCGGGUGCUGGAUGAGAACGACAACGCCCCCGUCUUCGGACGUCUCUUCUAUGGCAUCGAGGUGCCAGAGAACACAGAGUCUCGGCUCCUUUUCACGCUUCGAGCCACUGACAAGGAUGCUGGUGAUAGCGAGAAGAUAAUUUACAAAAUAACAGCUGGAGACCCGGCAGGAGAUUUCCGCUUGGACCGAGAGUCCGGUGCACUUUCCACCUCUGGGCCUCUGGAUCGGGAAAAGAAAGCCAGGUACGCCCUGACGGUAGCUGCCCAGGAUCAGGGCCACCCGUCCCGCAGCAGCACCGCCACGGUGGAGGUAACUGUCAUGGACAUGAACGACCACAGCCCCCAGUUUACCAGCAGCAGCUACACAGCAGACGUGUCCGAAGAUGUGCCGAUGGGCUCUUUGGUCCUGGAUGUGAAAGCCACCGAUCUGGAUGAGGGCCUCAACAGCCAGGUUGUGUAUUUCCUAAGCCAGGGCUCCAAGAGCAUGUUCAUUAUAGAUCAGUACACAGGCCGUAUAAUCACAGCAGCCCCCCUCGAUAGAGAGCGGACCCCCUCUUAUACCUUUGAGGUGUGCGCCACUGACUCGUCACCGUCGAACCCUCGUAAUUCUACCGCCCGUGUCACCGUCCACAUUCAAGAUGUCAAUGACAAUGCCCCCUUCUUCAUUCAGGACCCGCUUAUUUUGAACAUUUCCGCCAGCAGUGUGUCAAACCAAAGAGUACUGGCCACAAUGAGGGCCGAGGACAAGGACUUUGGGGCAAACGGGUCUGUCUUUUAUCGCUUUGCCAACUCUGUCAGGGGAUUUACCAUCAACUCGCUGACAGGAGCCAUCCAGGCCACGGAGAAGCUCCAGGGUCUGACCCAAAGCCAGAGGACCUUGAUUGUGCAGGCCAUGGAUCAGGGAAAUCCGGCUCAGUCCUCUUUGGGCGUGGUCAUUGUUUAUAUCAAGGAGCAGAUGUACAGAGGGAUUCGCUUCUCUCGCACAGCACGGGAUGUCAGUCUGCAAGAAAAUGCUGCAAAAGGUACAGUGGUAACUCAGACCCAAGCCCAGUAUCCAGAUGGCUCUCAAAAUGGGGUCAGCUACAGUCUCUUCAGCGGAAACCGGUUGCAAUCAUUUGGAAUAAACACCAUGACCGGUGAAAUAUGGGUCCAGAAAUCCGAAGGGCUAGACUACGAGGAGACCCCAAAACUUCGCCUUGUGGUGAAAGCCGAGACAGCAUCCUCCAGCUCCUACAUGGCGGUUAACUUAAUCCUGCAGGAUGUAAAUGACAAUUUGCCUCGCUUCCAGCUCCAGAACUAUGUAGCCUACAUCCGAGAGGCACAGGGUCACGAUUUUCCCAUUAUCCAGGUUGCAGCAGAUGACCUGGACCAGGGUCAAAAUGGCCAGGUGACGUACUCCAUUAGGUCGUCAUCCAUGAGUGGCUUGUUUAAGAUUGACCCGCUGACUGGCAGCAUUAGCACUGCAGCCAUCAUGGAUAGAGAGAUCUGGACUCAAACAAAGCUUGUCAUCAUGGCAACAGACCGUGGAACCCCACGACUGGCUGGCUCUGCUACGCUCACCGUGAUAAUCAUCGAUCUCAAUGACAACAGUCCCAUGAUUCCUGUGCCGCGGGAGAUCCGAGUGCCUGAGGACACUCUGAUAGGUACGGUUAUCAGUCAAGUGACAGGAAACGAUGUGGAUUCUGGGCCAGCGCUCUCCUACACGCUCUACCUGGAUGGUGACAGCAAGGACAUGUUUGGAAUCCACUGCUAUGGUGGUGGCAUUUCCCUGACAAGAGCACUGGAUUAUGAGGAGAGGACUUGGUUCACGCUGACCAUCCAAUCGUCGGACUCUGAACAUCAAAGCGAAGCCAAUCUGACCGUGCUAGUUGAGGACGUCAAUGACAACGCCCCUGCCUUCACCCAAGACUUGUACCAGGUGAUUGUAUCAGAGCACCUCCCAGAAGGCAGUGCUCUCAUCACUGUAACAGCGACUGACUCUGACUCUGGGGAUAACGGAAAGAUUAUCUACAAAGUCAUGUCCUCGACUAAGGGUGUCUUCUCCAUUGACCCAAGCAAUGGCACUCUGUUUGUUAACCAAAAAACAGAGUUUGACUUUGAAAAUCCAUCCAUCCUCGUGGUAGUUGAGGCUCGAGACCAGGGCAGUCCAUCUCUCUCUUCCAUCGCUACCGUCCAAAUCCAAGUGUCCGACAUCAAUGACAAUGCUCCCAUCUUUCAUCAGUCUGAGUACAGAGCAUCCGUGUCUGAAGACGAACUUCCCGGGUCCACACUUCUGACGUUAGAGGCAGUGGACGGAGACCUGUCACGGGAAAACUGUGGUUUUGAUUUUGCCAUAGCCAGUGGCAACACUGGUAACACCUUCCAGAUUGAGAGCAGCGUGCACUUCUUGGAAGGCAGAGGCUUCCAGACAGUUGGAAGCCUGAUCCUGGUGGAAGAGCUGGAUUUCGAAGCCGUGUCGAGUUAUAACCUGACUGUCGUGGUAUCAGAUCGUGGGAUACCACAGCGCAGCUCCUGCGUACCGAUCUUAGUCAGCGUCACGGAUGUCAACGACAACCCUCCGGCUUUCGGCCGAGGAGAGUACAGUGUGGUGCUUAGCGAGAGUGCGACUGUCGGAACAGAGGUGAUUAAUUUGUCUGCCACUGAUCCAGACUCUGCUCCUAAUGGGGAGGUGCAGUACUCUAUAAGCUCAGGGGACAAGACGGGCCUUUUCCAGGUGGACCAGUGGACUGGGGCCUUGAAGCUACAGCGAUCUCUGGGCAGCGAAAACCAGUUGUCCCACAUGAUUGUUGUCCAAGCUACUGACGGCUUGGGACACUACGCCUUUGCCCCAGUCAGCAUUGAUGUGAAGGACAUCAAUGACCACUGGCCUUUCUUUCCACUCAAUCAAGUAACAGCUAGCAUCAGGGAGAACCAGCCCAAGAAUGCCUUAGUAACCAUGCUGCAUGCCAUCGACCACGAUAGAGGGGCCUUUGGCAAGUUGCAGUACUACAUGCUGGAGGACUCUCAAGAUGGAGCAGAGGCUUUCCUCAUCAACCAAACAUCAGGAGAAGUGCGGACCCGCUCGACUUUUGACUUUGAGAAAGUGAACUCCUUCAAUUUUAUGGUUGCAGCAAUGGACGCGGGCAACUAUUCUGCUACCGUCACAGUGCAUGUUUAUGUCUCGGGGGAGGAUGAGUAUGAUCCUGUUUUUACCUCCCCAGAGUUUUCAUUCAAAGUGCCCGAGGAUGCAAAGAAAGGACAGAUUAUCGGCAGAGUGCAAGCCAGAGAUGAAGAUGGAGGCCUAGACGGCAUUGUCCUGUACUCGCUGUCUGGAAAUUCCCCUUAUUUCGAAGUCAACAAAUCAACAGGUGCCAUCUUCCUGAAGAUGGACAGCCAUGGUACACACGUAAGCCGCUCCAAAAGAGAAGUGCGCCUCCUGACGCUGGACCUGACAGCUCACAGUCCUCUAGAAAAUUCACGCACGGCAGCUGUCAAAGUAACCGUCGACGUGAGCCACACCUCUUUCGGCCUCGCCACAGACAUUAACAUGCUGCUCGUAAGUGUCAUCGCUGUUUCUCUGGGAACAAUAGUCAUACUGUGCAUAAUUGCCGUGGCCCUUUUUUUCGUCAAACUGAGGCGCCAGAGGAAGGAACAAAAAAGACAUAGUAGAACAAAGGCAUCAGCCACCAUGCUGCACAAGUUUGAGGAGACGAAAAUAGCCGCAAAUGAGAUUAUUUACCACCAGGCCCUCCCUGGCUACGUUGCCGAUCAAAGCGGCGGCACCAGUGGGGGGCCGUACACUCGUGGGGGAUCCCUGGACCCCUCCCACUCCAGUGGGCGUGGCUCCGCGGAGGCCGAGGCAGCGGAGGACGAUGAGAUCCGGAUGAUAAACGAAUACCCUCGCGUGUCUAGCAUCUCCUCCUCCAUGCAGGAGCGCAUCUCUGCCCGAGGUCCAGACUCUGGUAUCCAGCAGGACGCAGACCAGCUGUCAGAUGUGUCAUGUGAGCCUUCCAUUGAUUGGUUUAAAGGGAAAAAAAUGGGGAGCCUGAGCGGUACCCUGCUAGCCGGACAGGUGCCAAUCUACCGCGAUGAGGGAGGCGGGUAUGUGGGCAUGGGGCGGGGCCUCAGCGUUUCUCACCAUAAAGACUACAUGUUCCCCGAGGACGGAAAGCCCACUGUGGACGGCUCCUUGACGGCCAUCGUGGCCAGCGACGAGGAAUUGAGGGGCAGCUACAACUGGGACUAUCUGCUCAACUGGUGUCCCCAAUUCCAACCUUUAGCCAGCGUUUUCACCGAGAUAGCGCGCUUAAAAGACGAAACGGCCCCCCCUCACCCCCGUCGCUCGUUCCACCGCAAAAUCAAAGCGGAGUCCAGAAUCGACCCACCUCCGCUUAUCACCUCCGUGGCGCACCCCAGCGCAAAAACUGUACCGCCUAAGCCUGCUGCGGGAAAGACCUUCCCCCAGCUGUCGACAUUCCGGAGGUCCCCCCUCAGCAGUGAGGGAUCCAUGUGCUCGGUGGCCAUGUCCCCGAGUUUUUCCCCGUCCCUGUCGCCGCUGGCGGCACGCUCUCCUGCCGUUACACCCUUCAGCGUCUCCCAGGGGCCGUCGGCUUCCGUCAUCAGCACAACGGAACACAAUCUGGAGCACAUUGACGAGGCUGAACUGAGGAUUUGAACUUUAGAGACAGCUCAAAACCGCAGGCAUCCACUUUACGACCACAAAGUUGGGUCAGUUCCGUUCUUUUGCUGCGUUCCGGCGCAUGUGGUGGUGCUGGUUGUAGAAAAACUGAAAGGGCUUAACUCGACUUUAGGCCAAAAUGGACUAUGUUCUUAUCCCAAACUUUAUUCUGCUCUUGAUCCAAGUUGAUCUGUACAUUCAAAGAGGAGAAGCGGGGUUCAUUCAUGAUGUCAAUAUUUUGUAGAAAAAGUAUUGUUUAUAUUUUUAUACUUACUCACAGUUUUCUCACAGGAACGUGGCAUUCAAGUCUCAAAGGGUUAUUGAAAAAAAAAAAAGACAACUCUUGUUUGUAUAUUUGUAAUGUGUACUGUAUAACUGUUUGUACUGUAAUUCUCAAAGGUGUUUUUUUUUUCAUUGUAAAUAUAUUUAGACCAUGAAUCUGCUUGAACAGUCUCAAAGCAGCAGGAUCAGCUCAUCGCCGGUUCCCUUGCAACGAAAGGUCAUCGUGAAUGUGAAGCGCUGGCAGCAUUUGCCCUUCAGAUGCUUUAAUUUAUCAUAGCUGGACCGAACACUUCUUGUUGCGCACCAUCACAGCAUGAUUUCAUGAAAAGGAGUUCACAAAAUAGUUCAUCAAUGUAAAGUCCACACUCGAACUAAAAAAAUAAAACAUUUUUUUCCACGAUGGUUUUGGAUUUCGAAGUGGUCCAAAUAAGUGUUCGAUCAACAGCGAAGAAUGUUUCAUCUUCAGCCAUAAUUCACCAAACCGAUGCCUGUUAAUUUCUUUUAAAGAAUAAGCCCUGCCAAAACUAAAGAAAAUCUGCUACCCUUGGAAUUAUUUUACUUAUUUUCCCAUUUGCCCGGGCAUUUAAUUAUAAAUGAAAAAAAAUAAAAAAAUAAAUAGCACGCAUGGUAUUCAGUGGUAUUUUAUUAUUUAUUAUGUUGGCAUACCUCAAAAGCUUCAGAGGUUUUGUGUAAAUUAUUUUAAAGAAGAGUGGCAAGUGAACAUGGCCAAAUACUGUAUAUCCAAUAAUUGAUAGACUGAAGGUAACUAAUGGAUCUUUUUGUGUGUGUGUGUGUGUGUGUGUGUGUGUGCGGAACCGUCGUGACUUUGGUGGAAUGUUUUUAG